AUGUGCAAUACAUAUACGAUAAUCCUAAAGUGUAACCACAAACAAACCUAUACUUACCGCUGCCCAUUGUACCUCAGUGCGCCACGACAAAAGUGUAUUAAAACCUCUCCAACCACUGCUCAUUACUUUGUGAGCUGCCGCAAGUGCCGAGGCCAGGAGAGUGAUAACUUUGUGGUACAGUGGGUAGAGAGGGAAAACGAGUCUACUAGUAGUACUGUUGGCGGAAAGGAAGGGAACUGGAGGAAGGGUGGCAAGAGCGACUAUAUGUUGGCCACAGGGACGUUUGAAAUCGUGGCAAAUGGAGAUGAGACUGGCAGGGUGAAGGGAGUUAGGGUAUAUGAGAAUGGAACCGAAGAGGCACGACGCGAGAAGAAAGGGCUGAAGAAUGUUUCUCUAGUUAUUCCUGGAACAAACGAGGCAAGCUUCGACGCUGGACCAUCGCACGGUAUAUACGACCAGAUCAAUGAAAGCACGCAAGAGCUCAAGCUUGAUGGGCUGAGAACGCGAAGUCUUCCAAUAAAGGGCAAAUCGAAGAAACCCAAUGUAUUUGGAAGUCUACGGAAAAUGAUCGUUCGACCGGAGAGUGAGCAGGACACCUCGGCAACAGGUGAGCAUGUAUCGCCCACACAGGGUAAUGUCAAAUCAAAACUCAACAGGUUCAAUACGAUCACUGGCGGGUUUCGAGGAAGCAAGAAGAGCGAAGACAUGGAAGAAGAAACUUUUCUGUCUGCAUCAGCAGAUGAUCGGAAGGUUGAUGAUGCUACGGGGUUUGAGUAUCUUACGCCUAAGGAAUUUCUCGACCUCCAUUUUCAAGGUGUAGUUGCGGGCAGUGGUACAGAUGUUGCGAUAUCAAAUGCGAUUUCGGAACCUAUCGACAUACCUCAAAAACGUCAAGGUAAUGCAUCACAGAAGUGGACUGCCGAAAGGCGUGCUGGAGAAUAUAUGAGCGAAAUCGGUCGAAAUCCCUUUGCGGAGAACUUUACAGUUGUCGACUCCUCUAUUAGGGAUUCUGCAAUCUCCGAUGUCGAGAAUAGCUACCAGGAAGGAACAUCAGAGCGAUGGAGCCAUGAUACUCACUCAAGUGGACGAGGAAGAAUGAGCCGAGAAACCGAGUUCUCUCAGGCUGACGAGGAAAGAAUGGAGAUCAUCACUGAGGCAAUCGAUGGAGAUAUAAUUAAUUUAACACCAGAUAACAUCGAUGAUGUGCUUGCAGUUUGGAAAGGAGGGUUUGGAACUUCAACGCCUUCAUCACCUGUUCACAUACCUCCUCGGCCCCAUGCCUUAAGUCAUUCGGUACACUCUCGUAGUAUCGAAGGGUUGCUGAUUCCUGCACCUUUUCGGUCUCAAAGUUCAGGCUUAGAUGUCGUGGCUUAUAGUGCGAGCUUACCAAAUACUCAGGGAGACGAGAAGAGAAUUGCCAAAACACAGUGGACGCAGGAAAGCAUUUCAGAGAAAAUAUCUUCCGCGCCUUUUGCAACUUCGCAGCAUGCCGUGGACCUCGUUGAGCCGCCGAGGAGUUUUGAUAUACCGCAGAGAAACAACACGACGAAAGAACUUCUUCGGGAAUUUGCUUUACCUAAGAGGAGCAAUACGGGAGAUGUGCCACAUGCUCGAUUGUCCGCCGGACAUCUCAGGAGAGUCUCCUCUUCAGGUUUUGAAUUUGCCCAAAAGAAGUAA